AUGUGGUUUUCCUAUUACUUGUAACUGUACAUACUUUUGUAGUAUUCUGAAAACGUAUGUGUACUCCUCUCCUCCCCCCCCCCCCCCUCUCCUCAGGCCGUACCCCCACAUCCUAUCCACACCGGCAGCCCCGCCCAUGCCAGCGUACGCCGGCCAAUCCCAGUUCAGCAGCAUGCAGCCGUCGACCGUCUACACCGCGUACUCCCAGACUGGCCAGGCCUACGGACUGUCUACCUAUGGUAAAGACUGACAUGCACGUACUCAGACAUAUUGUCCUCUCACCUCCAUCUUUUAUGCAAUGGCAGAUAUAUGGAUGCCAACCUGUUUUGUUUUCUCUCUCUCCCUCGCUCUCCCCCCCCCCCCCCCUCUCUCUCUCUCUCCAGACCUGGGUGUGAUGUUACCAGGUAUGAAGACAGAGGGGGGUCUCUCCCAAACCCCCCUACAGACCAGCCUCAGCUACACGCCCCAGCCUGGACAGACCGCCUACUCACCAUAUCAGAUGCCAGGUCAGUGGCCAAACAGCCAAUCAGAGGAAUGUGAGAGUGGAAACCUGACCAAUCAGGUGACAGAUACCGUACUAGCAUGACUUAAGUAGGAAUUCCUGGCUUCAUUAGGUAAGACUAAAAUACAGGACCUGUUCAUUGUGGAGUGAACUUGUAAAAAUCGAAUAAUUCUGCUCUGCAUGUAAUUGUGUCUGUUUAAGCUGUUUGAAUAGUUGUUUGUAGUAACACAGAGGAUCAUUGAAAAAGAUACCCUGCUCUCUAGUGGGAUUCCCUGUAUGUCACGGUUUCGGCCGAGGCUGCUCCUCUUCCUUGUUCGGGCGGACUUCGGCGGUCGUCGUCUCCGGAGUACUAGCUGCCACCGUUCUAUGUUUCUUGUUCUUUUGGUUUUGUCUGUUCAUAACACCUGUCCCUUAUUUGUGUCUUGAUUGUUCCCCUUAUUUAGUUUGUUUGUUUGGGUCAGGUGUUAUGCGUGAUUGUUUUUGUCAGCCUGCCUUUUCGAGGUUGUUCUCUCGUUGUGUGUAUUUUACGAGAGCUCGCACUGUGUGCGCUUUUCCUGGUUUUCUCGCACUGUGAUUUUCGUGCGUAAUUGUUCGCGCCACCCGGUUGGGUUGGCGACGUAUCCUUGUGUUUUGGACUCAGUAAAGAUCUGUUGACGUCCUCCUGGUUUCCUGCGCCUGAUUCCUAUCAUCCACCUACACCAUUCUGACACUGUAUAAAUAAAGGUUAAAUGAAUAAAUAUAUAAAUGUCUCAAUGCCUAUAAUGUCAGCAAAAUAAAUUGACACAUGAUUAAUUAAUUAAUCUCUCUCUCUCUCUCUCAAUUCAAUUUCAAUUUCAAUUUAAGGGCUUUAUUGGCAUGGGAAACUAACGUUAACAUUACCAAAGCAAGUGAAGUAGAUAAUAAACAGAAGUGAAAUAAACAAUAAUCUCUCUCUCCUCUCUCGUGUCCUCUCUCUCUCCACCCUGUCCUCCUCUUCUCCCUCUCUUCCUCUUCCUCUCCUCUGUCCUCUCCCGUUCCUCCUCUCAUCUGUCCUCCUCUCUCUCCUUCCUUCCCCCAUCCUCUCUCAUCCUCUCCUCCUCUCCCCUCUCCUCUGCUCCUGUCUCUCCUCUCCUCUGUCCUCACCUCUCCUCUCCUCCUGUCCACCUCUCCUCUGUCUCCUCCGUCUCUCUCCUCUGUCCUCCUCUCCUCUCCGCCUCCCUCGCCCUCUCCUCUCCUCUCCUCUCCCUCCUGUCUCACCUCUCCUCGUCUCUCCUCUCUUCUCUCAUCCUCUGUCUCUCGCCUCUCUUCUCCUCUCCCUCUGCCUCUCCUCUCGUCCUUCAUCUCCUCUGUCUCACCCUCCUCUCUCUACUCUCCUCCUCCCUUUCCUCCUCUCUCCUCUCCUCUCCUCUGUCUCCCCUCCUCUCCUCUCCUUGCCCUCUCUCUCCCUCUCCUCUGUCUCACCUCUCCUCUCCUCCUCUCUCUCCUCUCCUCUGUCUCUCCUCUCCUCUCUCUCCUCUCCUCUGCCUCUCCUCUCUCUCAUCUCCUCUGUCUCACCUCUCCUCUCUCUCCUCUCUCCUCUCUCCUCUCUCCUCUCUCCUCUCCUCUCCUCUCCUCUGUCUCUCCUCUCCUUCCUUCCUUCCUCUCUCCUCUCCUCUCCUCUCUCUACUCUCUCCUCUCCUGUCCUUCCUCUCCCCUCCUCUCCUCUCAUCUGUCUCUCCUCUGUCUCUCCUCUCCUCUCUCUCAUCUUUCCUUCCCCUCUCUCCUCUCCUCUCCUCUCCCUCUUCUCUCCUUUUCCUUUUCCUUAAUCUCUGUCUCAAUCUUCCCUCCCUUCCUCUCUCUCUGUCUCUUUCUCUGUCUCUCUGUCUCUCUCUUUCUCCCUCUCCUUCUCUCUCUCUGUCUCCUCUCUCUCUGUCUCUCUGUCUCUCCUUCUCUCUCCAGGGUCCAGUUUCACUUCCUCAUCUGGUCUGUACUCCAGCAACAACUCUGUGUCCAACCCAGCCAACUACACUGCUCCGCAGCAGGUACCUGUGUGCAUGUGUGCGUGCUUGUGUGCAUGGGUGUGUGUGUGUGUGUUUUGGUGUGUGUGUAUGUAUGUGUGUAUAAAUGUGUGUAUUACAAGCAUUCUUAAACCUCAACACAAACACAUCUCUAUCUCUACUGUAGAACUCUGUCUCUGUCUCCCGAGUGGUGCAGUGGUCUAAGGCACUGCAUCACAGUGCUAGCUGUGCCACUAGAGAUCCUGGUUCGAAUCCAGACUCUGUCGUAGCCGGCCGCGACCGGGAGACCCAUGGGGCGGCGCACAAUUAGCCAGCGUCGUCCAGGGUAGGGGAGGGAAUGGCCGGCAGGGAUGUAGCUCAGUUGGUAGAGCAUGGCGUUUGCAACGCCAGGGUUGUGGGUUCGAUUCCCACGGGGGGGGGGGCAGUAUGAAAAUGUAUGCACUCACUUAACUGUAAGUCGCUCUGGAUAAGAGCGUCUGCUAAAAUGACUGAAAUGUAAAUGAAAUGUAAUCCACACUGUUACUUCCAUAGCCACCUUGGCGUUUGACUGCUGUGUCAUAGUUCUAGAGCCCAGAAUGACUUCUGUUUGUGUUGAGGUUGUCGUAGAAUGUAA